UAUAAUGAAGGAGAAUUGCUUCAACUGGAGGAUUACUACCAACAACUUUCAAAUUGUUAUGAAUCACAUUUAGAAAGGAAUAAUACACAAAGAGGUGUUCCAAUAAGACAAAGAGAAGAUAUGUCAAAAGGAGAAAUCGAGGAGCCAAAUAUCAAAAAGCGAAGGAAAAUUAUGAAAAGUUCAUUAUGUUCAUGUUCAUCAUCAUCUCCACCGUCAUCAUCAUCUUUACCUCCACCACCAUCACCAUCUUUACCUCCACCACCAUCACCAUCUUUAGCUUUACUUGUAUCACCACCACCAUCUUCACCUUUAACUAUACCACCACAACCAUUUUCACCUCCACCUCUAGCAUCACCACCAUCCUUACCUCUACCACCGCCGUCAAGGAUUAAAGUGGUAGGGCCAAAAUCUCCACCACCACGAAAGGUAGUUGUGACAUGUCCAACACCUUCAUCAUCAGAUUUGUCAGUAGAAUUUAGGAAUCGAGUCACCGAGUUGAAUGGCUAUGAUCUUAAAUUUGUGAUGCACAAGAUACUUUUCUCAUCGGAUGUAAAGCCAAACAAUAACCGAUUAUCAAUUCCAAAAAAGAAAAUCAAAUGUGAUUUUCUCACUGAAAAUGAGAUUAUGAAGUUGGAAGAAAAAGAAAAUAAUGAUAAAAUUAUUGGUUUGGAAGUGACUGUGUUGGACCCCUGUUUGAGAGAAUAUACUUUGCCAAUGAAGAAGUGGACUAUGAAAUCAGACACCUACAACCUUGUAAAGGAGUGGAACAAGAUUGUGGCAGCUAACAAGUUUAAAGAAGACCAAGAAUUACAAAUAUG